AUGCCGCCGAGAGCUACGACGAGCUCUUGGCGGCGUAUGACCUCCCCGCCGCUGUCGAACGCGACCACGGCACGGCACGCCGAGCUCGCGCUGGAGGCGUAUCAGGAGACCUACCCGCGAUCGCAGCGGGACGAGUGGAUGCAGUCGAUGAAGACGGCGAUCGAGACCGCGGCACGGUACCACCGGACGUCAAUGCAGCACGUCGAGCUAAUUUUCCCGGGGAGUGGGGAGUUUCUCGAGCUGCCCCCCGGGGAGUACCUUCGCCCGCUCCAGGACGUGCACAAGCUGGAGUCGCUCUCGAUCCAAUGGCCGUUGCAAGCGGUCUACCCGCUCGCUCAGAUCCUCGACCCGCCGCAGUCCCAGGCGCCUGCCAACGGGUUCAUCACCAAGGCCUACACGUCCUUUCUCGAGGGACUGACGGCGGUGCUCAAGGCCCACCCGUACCGACUGCUCCGUCUCCGCAUUUCCCUCCCGCAGCCGCCACCCGGCCCGGAUGGCCCGCUCUACGCCCUCCGUUUCACGCCCAAGGUGCUCCCGUGGCGCUUGUGGUACCUCGAGGUCCUCGACCUGACGCACUGGUCCCCGCCCGCGCGCGACCUCAUCGCGGUGCUCGCCGACACCGAGCGCCUCCCGCAGCUCAAACACGUCAUCAUCGACCAGGGCGCGCCGCUCCCACGGUCCGACCGGGACAUCUCCAGCGACUCCCGCCAAUACGACGACAAGGCCCCCGAGCGCGACUCGUGGCGCGCCGUGGGCACGUGUCUCGCCGCGCGCCAGCCCCCGCUCGCCUCCUUCUGCGCCGCGCUCCAUGUGUUCUACCGCCCGGGCGGCCGCGGCGGGCGGGCGAUCACCAGCGCCGACCUGCGCGAGCUUCUCGGCCCCGACUUUGAAAGCACGCCAACGGUGCUUUGCACUACCUGGCCCGCCGACUCGACCUCCGAGGACCAGGGUGGCCACGCUGAGGGGUGUGGACAUCUUGCUAUUCCCAAGGAACAGCGUUCCCGCUCCAGCAUCUGGCCCUCCACGCCUGUAACCCCGCCAGAGGAUUCGCGGCGGUUCAACAAGUCAGCAGUACUUUGGUAUUAA